AUAACAGACUCUUAUUGCGGCUACAUCACUUCCCGUCGGGAAUCAUUUUGUGCGCCACUUUCAUUUUAAUCACCAAACCGUGACCGUGACAGCGCAAACGCGCAUCGGUCUGCGCAUCUCUGAAAUCUUCACAACUACAGUGUGGACAACCUCCCUGACAUCCAGAGACCUCUCCUCCGCAAUCCGACGAGGGCUUCUCUGCCGCCUAUGGCUGCACAUCUUCGGCAUCCCUGAGCCGCUGGCCUCGUCCCCGGACCGUUCACCUGCAGCUGUCAUCUGAAGGUCUUUGAAUCAGGGAGACGUCUCUACGAUCAUCAUUAUUUUUUCUUUUCUUUUUUUCCCAUCAUCAUCCUUUAAGAACCCGGUGCUAUGCUGGGCCCAGCUCUCUAGAUCUGGUGAUCAAUACACACGAGCUCUCAUCCCACAUCCUUCCGACCGAGACCCUGGUACUCUCAUCGAGCCCCGACGAUGCAUCCUAACGCAGCGAUGCUGGCGAUGGUCCUUUUGGGGAACUUGGCGGUGCCUUUCGCCUCGGCUCAAAACGCUGGGUUUGUGAAGUCGCCAAUGUCUGAGACUAAGCUUACGGGGGACACCUUUGAGCUGUACUGCGACGUGGUCGGCAACCCCACUCCAGAGAUCCAGUGGUGGUAUGCUGAGAUCAACCGAGCCGACUCCUUCAAGCAGCUGUGGGACGGAGCCCGCAAACGUCGGGUAACUAUCAACACGGCUUACGGCGCCAAUGGGGUCAGCGUGCUCGUUAUCACGCGCCUCACACUGGAGGACUCUGGGACCUAUGAGUGCCGGGCCAGCAACGACCCCAGGCGUAAUGAUCGCCGACAAAACCCUGCCAUCACCUGGAUCCGCGCCCAGGCCACCAUUUCAGUGCUACAGAAACCAAAGAUCAAUGCCUCUGAUCAGAUCAUCCUGUCAGCGGAAGUCUCAGGCAAACCUGUUACCCUGCAGUGUAACCUAACCACUGCCUACACCCCUCACAAGGAAAGCUUCUGGAUGAAGAACGGACUGGAGAUCGCCAAUACACGGACAGAUCAAAUGAACACAGCGUACAGAAUCACUAAACCACGAGCGGACGAUUCUGGGGAAUACAUGUGUGUGUUCACAUUUGAUAUGGCACCAAAUGCAAAUGCAACAAUCGAAGUAAAAGCAAAACCUGAUAUCACCGGCCACAAGAGGAGUGAAAAUAAAAACGAGGGGGAAAAUGCAACAAUGUACUGUAAGUCUGUUGGUUACCCACAUCCCACCUGGACAUGGCGUAAAGGGGACGGAACAUCCUACACGGAAAUCGACAACUCUACUGGACGCUUCUUCAUCACCAACAGAGACAACUACACAGAGCUCUACAUACUAAACCUGGACAUAAACACAGAUCCUGGAGUAUAUGAAUGCAAUGCCACCAACGUGAUAGGAAACACUGCUGAGACCACUAUUCUGCGUGUGCGCAGCCAUCUUGCACCGCUUUGGCCUUUCCUGGGUGUGCUUGCCGAGAUUAUAAUCCUAGUUGUCAUCAUUGUUGUGUACGAGAAACGCAAGAGGCCGGACGACAUCAUCGAUGACGAUGAACCAGUGGGACCAAUGAAAACAAAUUCAACAAACAACCACAAGGACAAAAACAUUCGCCAGAGGAAUACAAAAUAAGCAAUUUACUCAAGUGAGAUGGCUAAAAACUGUGUUAUUGUGACAAGAUGAAGGUAUCAGCGGUGGAUAGAUCUCCAGGCAGUUUUGAAUAUAAGCAUAUCUUGUCUCUUUUUUUGAGAAACAAUAUCAGCAUAACACUGGCAACAAAAAGAACAUAACGGCUGUCUUAAGCAUGCCUUAUUCAGUCUUACAUGGAGAUUUCAGGAUGACGAAUAAUGACUAAAACCACCUCAAAGGUGUACACAUUUUUAAUGUGCUGUUGAUGUCUCCUUUAUUGAUUUCAUCAUGUCCUCGAUUGAGGUGAUCCCUUUUGUAUUACAUAUCAUGUACAAUGCAUGCAAGAUAAUUACGCAAUAGGAUACUCAGAAUAGAAAUUUUCUGUUGUUAUCCCCCUCGUGUGGCUUUUUUUGCAUCCAAAAUGACCUAUG